AAACGGAUGUAUAUAAUCAUCGCAGUAAAGAAUUGUAAGUGAUGAAGAUCACAUCAUCAAAAUGUCACUGAAGCUACUGUUCGUUAAAUGCAUUUUUUGUGUGAUUUUAUAUCUAUUAACUUGUUUACUUUUUUUACAAUUAAAAGCUAAACUAAAUUUAAUAGAACAUAUCUAUAUUGAAAAAAAUAAUAAAAUAAAAGAAAUAGACCUUUCUUCUACAAUGUUUGCAUACAAUAAAAAAUCUGUUAAUUCGAAUAUAAAACUAUUACAAUAUAAUAAAGUAAAACUUGAAUCAAGUAUUCUGCAGGAAAAUGGAUCAUUACUUAAACAAAUUUCAAAUACAUGUGUAAAAUAUAAUUUGAGAACUCCAUUAGUAACAAAACAUUUCUUAUAUAGUUCUAAACAUAAAUCAUUAUACUGUUGGAUCAGGAAGGUUGCAUCUACCACUUUUACAACAUUAUUCUCUAAUAUACAAGAACAUAGAAACAUGAACUCUUUAACACCUCAUAGUUCAAAAGAGUUGGAACAUUUGACUAAUGAUUCAAAUAUAUUUAAAUUAUUAGUCGUAAGGCAUCCAUUUGAAAGACUUGUUUCAUCAUAUAGAGAUAGAAUAGAAGAUAAUACAAAAUAUACUGAUCAAGCUUGGAUUUAUACCAAAAAAAUAUAUCAUUUGACAAGACCAAAUUUAUUUCGUUCUAAUAAAACAACUAGUAGUUUUUUCCAAAAAAUAUUUACACGUGAUAAAAGGUUACAAAUAGUACCUACAUUUAAAGAAUUUGUAGCGUGGCUAUUACAGGAAUCGCCUGAACAUGAUGAUGUACAUUGGAAUCAAUACUACACCCAUUGUGCUCUUUGUAAUAUAAAUUAUAAUUUUAUUUUAAAAUUAGAUCAUUAUACUUUUGAUCAGAUUAAUUAUAUUUUUUCCAAAUUUGGGAUAGAUAAAGACAAUACGAAUUUACCAAAUUUGGAACAAAGUAAAGGAGGAUAUACUGAUUUCAAAAUGACUUGUAAAUAUUUUCAAAAUUUGACUCAUAACACUAUUUUAAAAUUGCAUGAAAGAUAUAAAAUAGAUUUUGAAAUGUAUAAUUAUGAUUUGGAUAAAUACUUACUAUGUAAAUCAGGAAUUACUAAGAUAUAAGAUAUAAGAAUCAAAAUAUGGAAAAAAUAUUUAUUUCUUAUACAUUUUUUUAAUUAUGAAUACAACAAUCGCUUUACAUUUUAUGAUGCAAAUAAAAAAAUGAA